AUGCGGCCUCGAAGUCGUCGAUGUUUCGUGUUUUCCUUUGCCCUACUUCUCAUUGCACUGACCUUUUCCAGUAUCUACAGGCUAGAAUAUAUGCACGAAUGGGCAAAUAUAUGCGUCUAUCUGUCUCUUCGCUUCUUUAGAGAAAAGUUGAAGCGUAUAUAUGUGUAUACAUAUUCAGUUUUACUAAGUUUGCCAACAGACAACAUAGACGCGUGGAACUCUGGCUUUCUGCGUCCUGCUUCUUUCUGCUCGCUCUCUCUCUCUCUCUCUCUCUCUCUCUCACACUCUCUCUCUCUCUCUUUAUUCAACUUUCUCUGCUUAUUUAUAUCAAAACUUGAUUACACAUCAGCUCGUUGCUUUUUCUCAGUUCGUAAGCAGCUCUCUUUUCCAUUCGUCAAAAUAAAUUUUCAUAGGCUUGUUAAAAUUUGCCUUGGUGUUUUUUUUUUCCAGACCGGAGCCAAUAUUUUUUUCUAUUGGUCAUAA